UUUCACGUGCGUUUCAUUCUAUACAUUCGCCCGGCGUCCUAAACCCUAGUGACGGCCCUUUUGCUUACCAUUUGCAGGGUUUCGCAUUUCGUUGUUAGGCGAGGCUUCUUCUUCUUCAGCUUCCAAUGGCUCCUAAAGCUGAUGGUGCAAAAAAGGUUGAUUCAAAGGCGCAAGCCUUGAAGACUGCGAAAGCGGUGAAAUCCGGUCCAACGUUCAAGAAGAAGGCUAAGAAGAUCCGCACAUCAGUUACAUUCCAUCGGCCAAAGACAUUGAAGAAAGAUAGGAAUCCUAAGUAUCCUCGUAUCAGUGCCCCACCGAGGAACAAACUUGAUCAGUACCAGAUUCUCAAGUAUCCCCUUACCACUGAGUCUGCAAUGAAGAAGAUUGAAGACAACAACACUUUGGUGUUUAUUGUUGACAUUCGUGCUGACAAGAAGAAGAUAAAGGAUGCCGUCAAGAAGAUGUAUGACAUACAGGCCAAGAAAGUGAACACCUUGAUCAGGCCUGAUGGUACCAAGAAGGCGUAUGUUAGAUUGACACCAGACUUUGAUGCACUGGAUGUGGCUAACAAAAUCGGAAUUAUCUAAGGUAGUUCAUAGCUUUUGCAACUUGAUGUUAAGAAUUUCAAUUUUGCUCCCAUUCAAAGAUUAGUAGAGUUUUAUGAGACUUGGCUUCGGUUUGAAUUUGUAAUCUUUUAUGCUACUGGUUAUUAUUAAUUUUUUUGGGUAUUUUUGGUGUUACAACUUACAUUGGAACAAAAUUUCUUCAUGCGUCAUGUGGAUACGAGAUUAUGAAUGCAAGAACUUGAAAUCAA